AUGGAUGUGGGAGCAUCAACUCCGUUCCUUUGGGCUUCUGAGGAGCGGGAGAAAUUGUUGGAAUUCUAUGAAAGAGUCCCGGGAGACAGGAUGCAUGCCAGUUUCAUACGACCUGGUGGAGUGGCACAAGAUCUGUCUCUUGGCUCAUGUCGAGAUAUUGAUUCCUCCACACAACAAUUUGCUUCACGUAUCGACGAAUUAGAAGAGAUGUCAACCGGCAACCGUAUCUGGAAACAACGAUUAGUGGAUAUUGGUACUGUCACUGCACAGCAAGCAAAGGAUUGGGGAUUCAGUGGUGUAAUGUUAAGAGGUCGUGCGACAUGA